AACUAUCCAAUUUGGGGCCGACAGAAUCUCAACGAUAAACAAUCGAUUUUUCUUCAUUUUUUUGCCCUAACUUCAAUAGUUCUCACUUAUAAUGAGCAACGAUCUUAAUUCCAAGAAAGCUAGCUCAACUGAUUCGUUGAAUAACGACACCAUGCAUUCAAAUAUUUCAUUCCAAUUACUUGCUGGGGAAGUUGUUCAAGACAUCAAUGAUGUAUCUUAUAUAUGUCCGUACUAUGGGCCUCAACGUGGCACAUUAACAAUAACAAACUAUCGACUUCAUUUUAAAUCUAAUCCCCUUCCUCAUGAUAAAGAUCCAAUUCAAAUUCUUGACGUUCCACUGGGUGUUGUCUCUCGCAUUGAGAAAGUUGGAGGAGCUAGUUCAAGAGGUGAAAAUUCUUACGGAAUUGAUAUUUUGUGUAAAGAUAUGAGAAAUCUCAGAUUUGCUCAUAAACAAGAGAAUCAUUCAAGAAGAACAGUUUUUGGAAAACUUCAGAAUUUUGCUUUUCCACUUGCUCACAAUGAACAAUUGUUUGCGUUUUAUUAUGCUGAGAAGAUGUUAGAAGAUGGCUGGAAUAUUUAUGAGCCAAUUGCUGAGUUUCGUCGGAUGGGUCUUGGUGCAAAUUCAAACAUUGAAUGGCGAAUCACAAAAAUCAAUCAAAAAUAUGAACUCUGCGAUAGUUAUCCAGCUGUUCUUGCUGUUCCAAGAUCUGUUUCUGAUGAUGAUUUGCGUCCAGUUGCAAAUUUCCGUUCUAGAAAUCGUCUUCCAGUUCUUUCAUGGAUUCAUCCAACAUCACUUGCAACAAUCACUCGUUGUUCUCAACCACUUUGUGGCGUCAGUGGAAAGAAGUCGCCAGAAGAUGAAAAUUACAUUAAUGCAAUAAUGGAAGCAAACCCACAGUCAGAUAAACUGUCAAUUAUGGAUGCAAGACCCAGUGCUAAUGCAAUCGCUAACAAAGCUAAAGGUGGUGGCUAUGAAUCGGAAGAUGCUUAUCAGAAUGUCGAACUUAUCUUCCUAGACAUUCACAAUAUCCAUGUAAUGCGCGAAAGUUUAAGGAAAUUGAAAGAAAAUUGUUUUCCUGCAACAGACGAUCAAAAAUGGUUAUCGGCAGUUGACAAUACGAUGUGGUUGAAACAUAUUAAAUGUGUGCUUGCUGGUGCGAUAAGAAUUGUUGAUCGUAUUGAAAACAUGAAAAAUUCAGUCGUCGUUCAUUGCAGUGAUGGAUGGGAUCGAACAGCACAAUUAACCGCUUUAGCAAUGCUUCUCUUGGAUCCUUAUUAUCGAACUUUGAAAGGCUUUGAAGUUCUUAUUGAAAAAGAAUGGCUGAGCUUUGGUCAUAAAUUCCAGCAACGUGUUGGACAUGGCGACAUUAAUCAUUCCGAUGCUGAUCGUUCACCAGUUUUCUUGCAGUUUAUCGAUUGUGUUUGGCAGAUAAGUCGACAAAUGCCGCAUGCAAUGGAAUUCAACGAAUAUUUUUUAAUCACAAUCUUGGAUCAUUUGUAUUCGUGUCGCUUUGGGACGUUUCUUAAAAAUACUGAACGUGAAAGAGUCCAAGAUGAUUUGAAACAUACGACCGUGUCAUUAUGGUCGUGGAUUAAUUCAUCACCAGAACAAUACCGAAAUCCACUUUAUGGUGGAAUUGGAAAUUCCGUUCAAACAGUUUUGAAGCCCGUUGCCAGUAUGCGGCAUAUUCGUUUAUGGAAAGGACUUUACUGUCGUUGGAAUCCUUCAAUGAGAACGCAAGAUCCUAUUUAUCAACGUACGAGAGAACUUUUAGCAUUGCAAGAUCAAUUAAAGCGUCAAGUUGAUGAGAUCCUCGAAUUCAUCACUAACAAGCGAGCAAUGAACAGUGAAACAGUUGAAAAUAGAUUAAGCUCUUCGAAUGCUUCGAACUUUACAAAUUUAGAGAAUCGUCUUGGAAAUAUUUCGUUUCAAUUACUAGCUGGUGAGCAGCCACAAGACAUCAACGAUGCCUCAUAUAUUUGUCCAUAUUUCGGUGCACAACCGGGAACAUUGUUUAUUACAAAUUACAGAUUUCAAUUUCAACCAAACCGCUUGAACCAUGAAAAAAGUCCGUUUCAGGUUGUGGAUGUUCCACUUGGUACAGUUGCAAGAAUUGAGAAAGUUGGCGGAUCAAAAUCAAAAGGAGAGAAUGCAUAUGGAAUUGACAUAACGUGCAAGGAUUUAAGAAAUGUUCAAUUUGCUUUUAAGCAGGAAACUCACUUCCGUCGUGCAAUUGUCGAUAAACUUCAAAGGUUUUCAUUUCCAUUCUCAAACAACAGUCAAAUAUUUGCUUACGAUUACAAGGAGACUUUUGUUGAGAAUGGUUGGAAUGUUUAUGAUCCAGUGGCGGAGUUACGACGAAUGAAAUUGGGUAUUGAUGAGAACAUUAAAUGGCGCAUAACAGAAGCAAACACCAAUUACGAACUUUGUGACACAUAUCCAAAAGUGUUAGCAGUUCCAAGAUCUGUUUCUGAUGAUGAUUUGCGUCCAGUUGCCAAGUUUCGUUCCCGGGGACGACUUCCAGUUCUUUCAUGGAUUCAUCCAACUUCACAUGCGACAAUCACACGAUGUGCACAACCUUUAACUGGCAUGAAAAAUAAAAAAUCACCAGAAGAUGAAAGUUACAUUGCUGCCAUUAAAGAAGCAAAUCCCAAGUCAGAUAAACUUUCAAUUAUUGAUGCAAGACCUCUAGCGAAUGCAAUUGCAAAUAAAGCAAGAGGUGGUGGUUAUGAAUCGGAAGACGCUUAUCCAGAUUAUGAGAUUGUUUUUGUUAAUAUUCACAGUAUUCAUGUGAUGAGAGAAAGUUCGAAAAAGUUGAAGGAAGUUUGUUUUCCUGGCACAGACGAUCAAAAAUGGUUAUCAUCGAUUGACAAUACAAAUUGGUUAAAGCAUAUUAAAUGCAUUUUAUCUGGUGCUAUGGGAAUUGUUGACAGAAUCGAAAAUAUGAAGAAUUCAGUUCUUGUUCAUUGCAGUGAUGGAUGGGAUCGAACAGCACAGUUAACAUCUGUUGCAAUUCUUCUUUUAGAUCCUUACUACAGAACGAUCAGAGGCUUUGAAAUUCUCAUUGAAAAAGAAUGGCUGAGUUUUGGACAUAAGUUUCAACAAAGAAUUGGUCAUGGUGAUGCUAAUCAUUCAGACACUGAAAGAUCGCCAGUUUUUGUACAAUUUAUUGAAUGUGUUUGGCAAAUUAGUCGACAAUUUCCACGCGUUAUGGAGUUCAAUGAACAUUUUCUGAUUACAAUCUUGGAUCAUUUGUAUUCAUGUCGUUUUGGAACAUUUUUGAAAAAUAAUGAACGUGAAAGAGUCCAAGAUGAUCUAAAGCAGAACACGGUGUCGUUGUGGUCGUGGAUAAAUUCCUCAAUUGGACAAUAUCGGAAUCCCCUCUAUGAGGGUGAAACAAUUCAGAGAGUUUUGAAACCCGUCGCUAGCAUGCGUCAUAUUCGUUUGUGGAAAGGACUUUAUUGUCGAUGGGAUCCUACAAUGAAAACCAAAGAUCCUUUGAUGCAAAGAACAAGAGAGUUGUUGGUUUUAGAGGAGCAGCUUAGAAAACGAGUUGAAGAAACUUUCAAUUUACUUGAAAGUACAAAUGGAGUUAUGACGCAACUUUAAAGCUGUCAGAUGAUUUUAGAGAACUUUUUUUAUAACAAUUCUUUUGUCUUUUAAAAUUCUACAAAAUAUAUUUAUCAAAUUAUUCCCAAAAUAAAAUUUAAUGACAAAGGAAUUUAUUUCUAGCUUUCAGCAAACUCAUGCCACUGGUGUCGGGAAUGAAGUAAGCAAAUAUUCCUAAACCCAUAACGAUUGUUAAUCCACAAAUAAUUGUUGUUGUUUGAUCUUUUAAAUAAAAAACGACGGCAAUCAUGAAUAUUUGAAGAAGAAACUCGAAAGAAGAUGAAAACGCAAUCGACAAUGGUUUCUUUCUUGUGUUGAAAGCUUCAGUUGAAUAAACGUCUGCUAAAAUUCCUAUCGCAAUGCCAGUGGUGGCUUGGAACAUGAAAGCAAGUAAAGUUAUAAGUGUUGUCUCAUCAUCACCCAUUGCUGAUGAUCGUAGAGCAAUUAAAAGCAAGCAUAAUAAUCCACAUGAUAAUAAUGUUGAAUAAAUAUAAAAUUUGAUUCGUUUGAAGUCGAUCAAAAACAUCAUAAUCAGAAUGACAAUCCAUCUGAUCCCGGACAAACACAUUCCUGAUG